ACCUCAUCGUCAUUGCUGGUGACUCAACCGAGAUGCGUCAACUAGGGUACCUACCUAGGUAAGUACCGGAUAGGUACCUUCUAGUCGCAUCUUCAAUUUGUAUAUUCUGCAGAGCGACAGCGACACACCAAAUCCCUUAAUCUUUCGAGCGCGAAAGUAAGAGUCUGUCGAGCUGUGUCCGAAAAUCCCUUACCCAGAAUUGCCUCGCCAGGGGUCUGUCAACGUCUUCGUAGGCAGGCUCCCUUCUUUUCUUUUCUUUAUUCCUGCUCCAACUCUCUCUGGGCCAGUCGAAUACCCUCGUUGACCCCUCCGUAAAGCCUCAUCGCCACCGGCCGGCCGGGCACGCCUAGGCUGCCCCGCGCUUGUCUCGAUGCCGGCAACCGGUCUUCAGGCCCUAAUCCUUUGCGGGCCGGGGUCCUCAUUCCCGACCUUUACGUCAAACCCGGAUGAGAACCCCAAAGCCUUACUGCCCAUCGCCAACCGGCCAAUGGUUUGGUACCCCAUCGACUUCUGCUACCGUACGGGAAUUACGGAUAUCACUCUCGUUUGCCCUCCCUCGGCUGCCGACGCUAUCACCACGGCACUGAGGACGAACCCGUUCCUCACGGGCUUGCCUCAUCCCCGCCCAGAUCUUGUCGCGCCUCAUGGCUUAGACCAGAACACAGGUACCGCAGAGAUACUUCGGCUUCCUGAAAUCCGGGAGCUUGUCACAUCUGACUUCGUGGUCCUUCCCUGCGACUUGGUGUGCGAACUCGAGGGCGAGAAGCUCUUGCAGGCAUGGAUGGUGAAGGCGGCAAGUCUUCCGGACCUAUUGGGCAACGGUGAGCCUCCGUACGGAAAUGGUGGCUUGGGGGUAUGGUACGAGACCAAAACGGCCAACCCCGUCAAAGGCGAGGAGACCGACCUGCUCAUAACCGCUCCGAUGCCGAUGCCUCCGUUACCCACUUCCAAAGACUCAUUGCUCCCGAACCUUUCCUAUGUGGCUUAUUCUAUGCCAAAAGAUUCCCUGAACGACCUCGUGGAUCAGAAGAAGGGCCUGCCGAUACGGCACGGUCUGUUGCGCAGUCAUCCUAAGCUCCAAGUACUCACAACCCAUCGGGAUGCGCAUAUCUAUAUUCUACCGAAAUGGAUUCUAGACUUCGUCCAGAAUGAGCGCCUGGAGACGCUUGGCGAAGACGUAAUAGGAUGGUGGGCUAAGGCCAACUGGGAGACGGGGCUUUCUGAGAAGCUGGGGUUGAAGAGCGUUAUCGAGGGCGGCGGCGGGGGAUUGGACAGGAAUAAGUCGGCGCGUGGCAACGGCGCCUCUCCGGAACACAAUGGCCUAGACUCUCCGGUCAGGGCACACGAGCACUACGGCAGCCCAGCCCCUGCGGAUGCUCAUAGAAGACACAACGACGGACUGCUGGCCAAGCCCACGCAAUUUACCAUUCCUCCAAUUCUGGCCUACAUCCACCCCUAUCACGCCGAUGCGCCGCUACUCCGGCGUGUUGAUACAGCCCAGCUACUCCUUGCUGUAUCGUUGCAAUUAGCAAAGCUUUCUUCCGUCGAAGAGGCAGGGCCCGAAGCAGCGUCUCCAUUUGCACACUCCAGGAAAGUUGCCUAUCCCGAGGGUAUCAAGCCACGAACCACCAUUACUAGGCAGGAUUGCCUAAUCGCCGACAACGUCAUGGUCGAGGAAAAGACGUCGAUCAAAGAGAGCGUGGUGGGCGCGAACUGCCAGAUACGGGAAGGCGCUAAGUUAUUCCAGUGUCUGCUGAUGGAUGGUGUGGUAGUGGGAAAAGGCUGCAAAUUGACACGCUGUAUCCUGGGCAAGAGGAGCGAGAUCGGGGAGGGGUCGACGCUCACGGACUGCGAGGUCCAGGAGAACCUGUUGGUAGAACCAAAAACCGAGGACAAGGAUACGAAGCUGAUGAGCUCCUCCGGCCUCGAGGCUAGUGAGCAGGAGAUGCAGGAUGCUAUGGAAAGCAUCGACGCGGGCAACGAUGGGAACAGCACUUUGCUGUUAGGAUAGCCUCGUUUAUCCCCGAAAUACCCGCAUCCUAGCAUCACGGUAGCCAAUAUGACUGGGUGGAAACCUGCUGGAACUUUUGAGCAACUCAUACCUAAGUAAGCAUGUGUGUAGGCUACCACCUCCUCCCUCUUCUUGCUAGGUGGUUCGUGGUGUCACCAGUAGUGGCAUAGUGCACCAUUUUCUCCCGGGACGGAUAUGAUCAGUAGGUGUGUUAUACGUGACAUGCAGGUUAGCUACCGCCUAGGUUCAUAGAUACACGUAGUUAACUAUUAGGCUACUUCA